CAGCCAGCUUCGCAGCACUCAGUCGCUUUUGUACGUUUCGUACGUGUGGAAGGUCCACUGUUUGUUUGCUCUAGUGCGGGUUUUUUUUAUUUUGGUGAUACGAUCCAGUUGCGUCGUUUUUAAACAGUGUGUUGCCGCUGCUAGAACCUGUUCACAUUUCCCAUCGAUCAACUUUUGACAGCUUUUAAUUGUUAAAAAGCCCUAGCGAAGACAUACACCACCUUUGUGUGAAGGAACACGCAUUUGCCGCAAGAUGUCGCACUCGGUCGUUAUAACGCGUACAACCACCACCACCACCAGCACAUCACAUGUUGUGCUCAACACAGGCUAUCUUCGUACAACGCCCGGCCUGCUGAAGCUUGCCCAACUGAUUAUUGGAGCAGUAAAUGUUGGUCUGGUUGCGUACUACAUACGGCGCUACCCAACCUCAGGUCUGCCAGCGAGUGCUGAGUUCUUCUUCCUGCUGAUGGCCGUUGCCUUCCUGAUCGGGACGUUCUGUCUGCUUGCGUCCUGUCUCGUAUCGCUCAGUACCGGUGGUAUCAUCUCGAAAACGAUUUACGAGCUCGUCUAUCAUACGAUCGCCUUCCUACUAUACCUCAUCGCCUCGAUCAUGCUGCUGGUUGAUGUCACUAACGGGCGGUACUAUCACACCAUCAAAGAUGCGUACAUGGCUGCCGCGAUCCUUGGACUGAUUGUGUCCGCACUCUACCUCUUCAGCGCACUGCUCGCUCAGCGUUCCUACAGAGGCAUCUAAGGAUAUUGGCGUUUCUCGUCCAGUCUUCCAUCAGACAUACUACUUCCAUCUCAUCCGCGAACUGAACUGUUCCCUAAUGUGUCUCCAACACUCCUUCGCAAAAAGGAAUUAAAUAAUCAAUGAAGACUUGCGGUGACAAUUAAAAACGGCAGACAGCAGAUCGGUGCUUGUGUGUGUGCGAUGUGUUCGAUGCGAUAGACUUCCUUGUUCCGUGUGCACGCCUUAAUAUUCCAAGUUUGUCCGCUACCCAUCCCAUUCCCUUUCCCCCGUUUGCCCCGUUCAGCUAAGUGUUUCUAACCAAGGUCGCAUUUCGCGCCGAAGAUGGCGUUUUGUUGUUUAAUUACUUGCUCUAAUCUCAUAAACGCUUGCAGGCUUUUACGUCGAUGUCUCAAUGUUCUCGUGUGUAUGAUUGAUCGGUGUGCGCGUGCGCGUGUGUGUGUAUGUACAACGGAAACUAAAUUUACUCAAUGUUUACCGUACGCUGCUUAACGGAAUGUACUUAGGGUAUGAGAAAAUUAAACCCAACAAACAACAACAAAAAAUGGACGAUACAGAGAGCAGAUUUGUUUUUGCACUAUUUUUUAACUAGUAACAGUAUUACACAUUUCAUAAAAUUUUAUGUCACAUAAUCAUUCAUUGUCUAUAAAAUAAAAACAAAUGAAAGAGAGAGAGAGAGGAAGAAAAAAACGAAGGAAACUUUUUCUCAUACCCAAAAGGCAGCGGCGCUUAACUGUAUGUUUCCAGUGUGAGAUUUUAUUGCCUUAUUUGUUUUCUGUUAUAUUUAUAUCUUACAGUUACUGUUUAAAUCAAGUUGUCCUUCUCUUUUGUGCGUCCAGUGAGACAAGUUUGUGUUUGUUUGUUUCUUUUUAAUAUAAUCUAGAGCGGUUUUGUAUGUUUUAAGCAAAAUCGGAAGAAGAUUAAAUAAAGAUGGGUUUUAAUAUAAUAAAACAGUCAAA